AUGUGCCAUCACCGCCUCCGUCGUCCUCGUCAGGGCUGCACAAGCUGGGCACUUCGCGUGCGCUAUUUUGAUGCUACCAAGGAGGGUAAAUUAUUACCUCGCAUAACGCACCACAAACCUCCGUAUGUGCCGUCGACACCUGCGUUGUCUGUACAAGGGUUGCACAAUUUAGGCGCGCCCGGCGCGCUACUCUGCAGAAAGCGCGCGCAAGCAAGGAAGGUAACUCAUUACCUCGACUGUUACGACCACUGCCUCCGUAACUUCCAGCGCUGUCUCUAUGUGCUAGACCUGCACAAGAAGGCACUUCAUGCGCGCCUUUGUGAAGUAACCCCGUGCCAGAGAGGAAGCCAUUUCGACCCACUGCGUGGCGAGCGGUGGGCGGGUGGGCGCACGGAGCUGCCAGAAAGGCAGACGCUGCGGCAUUGGAAGAGGCAGGCUGCGGCGGAGGCAGGGGGCGACGGCGGCAGGAGCGGUGUGGAUGGCCCCACGGUAGCUGUCAUUCAACGCCUACAAUCUCUUAAACGCCACGAAAAAAGGCUUUAACCAGAAUCUCCAGAAAAGUGCGAACACUCCAGAAGUUGGGCUCUUUUGAAGAGACACCCCGCAUUUUACAAUAAAGUCUGUGCUGUGUUAGAAUGUUACGAGUAUGUAUUAAAUAUUAAUUCUGCUCAAGGUAAAGUCAUUAGUAUUCAGUAUAAUAAUAAGAAUUGUAGUGAACGGAAAAUAAGAAUAACUAGUACAUCACUUCUAUAAACAGUGUCUGACAAAUAAAUGAAAGAACAUUGCGUGUGUCUAUGAAAUGGAUUCUCGCUCCUGUUCUUGCUCCAACAAUUAAUAAUAGUCUGACCUGAUAAACACCUUAGUCAUCUCAAACACUUUCUUUCCCAU